AUGGAGGACAACGCCGAGCUCGAGUCCUUUCGCCGACAGUGGCGGGAGGAAGUCGCUCGUCGGUCAAAGCCCAGAGAUGGAACUCGGACUACCUCAGGAGAAGUGCCUGCACCGCCACCGACACGAUUCCCGCCUACGCGCCAUGAGGCAUCAGACCGGAAGGAGGUGGAGGAAGAGGGACCACCCCCGGCCUCGUUUGACCCGGAUGCACUGGCCCAGCAGGUCGAGCAGCUGAGCGUGGAGGAAGAAGAUGGCGAUGAUUUUACCCGUCGCAAUAUCAAAGAGCCCAGCUCGGCCCUGGAGCACUUCGAACGGGCAGUGGAGAAAGAGGCCGAAGGGAGUCUCGGCGAUAGUCUUCAGCACUACCGAAAAGCAUAUCGGCUGGAUUCCAGUGUCGAUAAGACGUAUCGCAACAAGCAUUUCGCCCACGUAUGGAAGAAGCCCGCACAGCCCGCCCCAACAACCCCGGCAGCACCGGCACCAACGCAAGCCUCCGCAGAGGAAGAGGAAAAACUGUCGACGCCAGACCUAAUAGCGUCAUUUGCCCAUUCCCCCAUUCCACGGGCGGAUCCAAUUAUUGAAAACACACCACCGCCGCCUUGUCCGAUCGCCAAUGUUCCGUCCGAAGUCAUAGUCGAGAUUUUGAGACACGUCGCAGUGAGAGAUCCGGCCAGUUUUGGUCGGAUGGCGCUUGCGUGCAAGCGGCUGGCGUUUCAUUUUGUCCAUGAACAACAUGUCUGGAAACGGGUUUGCCAAUCCCUUCAGUUCGGCUUCCAGGGAAUGCAUUACUCCUUCGCAUGCGACUUGCACGGCCAUCCCACUUACACCCUGGGUCCACGUUAUACUCCGUUUCCUGAAAAUGCACCAUUGGAGAUUCCUAAACCAAUGUCCUCGUGGAGCCAGGUGUUCCAGUCGUUCCCCCGGAUACGGUUCACUGGCAUCUACAUCAGUACUGUCAAUUACACCCGACCCGGUGCUGCAUCUUUCUACCAAAACGUGUCAUGGAACAGUCCAAUUCACAUUGUGACCUACUACCGGUACCUGCGGUUCUACCCCGAUGGAUCAGUCGUUUCGCUCCUUUCCACCACCGAGCCCGUCGAUGUGGUGCCGCACAUCAGCAAGGAAAACAUGAUGGCCGCGCGUGCGACUUUUCAGAAAUAUCACCAGCGCCAGGUCUCAACAGACCACGGGCAAUCGAUCUCGGGUGCAACCGACCCUGUUCCCCCGGUAGCCAUGGCGGCACUGAAGUACGGUCUUCGCGGGCGGUGGCACUUGGCCUCGCCAGUCCCGUCUCCCGAAACCUCAAGUGACGACCAGAAGCCUGCAUUUGGAGCACAACCGCUCUCUGAUCCGCGCGACCUUCUUAUCGAAACCGAAGGCGUCGAUCCCAAGUAUAUAUACACGAUGCAACUGUCCCUCCGCUCUCCGACGGCGUCACGGGCUGCCCCGAGCGGUGCGUCGCCGCCCAAUCAAUCCAAGAACACCAAGCUGGUAUGGAAAGGGUUCUGGAGCUACAACAAGCUCACAGAUGAUUGGGCCGAGUUUGGUCUGCGCAAUGACCGGGCAUUUGUCUUCCGCCGGGUGCGCGGCUGGGGACUUGAUUAA